AAUAAAAAAAAUUGUGAAAAGAUGCACAAAAAAUGGUUGGGGCCCUGGGGGUUCCAAUUUAGCAUUCGUUUUUUUGCAAGCUUAAAGAGAGAGAGAGCAGAGAAACCCUAACCAAAACCCUCCAUCAGUCUCUCUUCUUCCAGUCACUUGGGGCGCGGCUGAGAUGGCCUUCUCCUCGCUCCGCCUUCGCCGAGCAAUAUCUCUCUCUCCAUCCUUACUGAAUCGUCAUCUCCACCACUCAAGCUUCAUUGCCCCACCCCCAAUCGCCCCUCCCACUCCAGUUACACACCCACGGUCUUCCAACUUGAACGCUCCAUUUGUUUCUCAAUCCAGGCUCUUCCGAGCAUCGGCGGCCUCGUUUUCUUCCAGGUCUCGAUUUAAUGAACAGAAUCCGAACGAUGAGGGGCUCGACCCCAAUACCAUCCUUUUUGAAGGGUGCGAUUACAAUCAUUGGCUGAUCACUAUGGAUUUCCCCAGAGAUCCGCGCCCAUCUCGAGAGGAAAUGAUUGAAACUUACGUUCAAACGGCCGCUAAAAUUUUCGGAAGUGUGAAGGAGGCUAAGCAGAAGAUUUAUGCCUUAAGCACAACAAUUUAUGAGGGCUUUCAGGUCUUAUGUUCUGAGGAAACAGCAGAUAAGUUUAAAGAUCUGCCUGGAGUAGUCUUUGUUCUGCCUGAUUCGUAUAUUGAUCCAGUAAACAAAGAGUAUGGAGGAGACAAGUAUACCAAUGGAGUAAUCAUAGAGAGACCUCCACCUGUUCUGUAUGGGAGACAACGUCAGAAUCAGAGGGGCAAUCAAUCAUAUGAUCCUUCGAGAACUAGAACUCAUGGCCCGCCACCUCAAUCGCGCUUCCAGCAACCGCCGGGUCCUCCACCACCCCAACAGCACUACAAUACUCCACAGGGUUGUCUCCCACCUCGUCAACCGUACUAUGGCCAACCACAGCAGGGUCCUCAACAGACAUAUGGUCAGCAGCACUCUCAGCAGGGUUUUGGUCAUCAACAAAGAUCUCCACCUCAACAGAAUGUUGGCCCACAGCAGGGUCCUCAACAGACAUAUGGUCAGCAACACUCCCAGCAGGGUUUUGGUCAUCAACAAAGUUCUCCACCUCAACAGAAUGUUGGCCCACAGCAGGGUCCUCAACAGACAUAUGGUCAGCAACACUCUCAGCAGGGUUUUGGUCAUCAACAAAGUUUUCCACCUCAACAGAAUGUUGGCCCACAGCAGUGUCAUGCCUCACCUCAGAGUCCACCCUCCCAGCAGGGUUAUGGUUUCCAACAGAGUCGUGGUCCUCCAGGAAAUCAAAUGGGUCCACCACCAGUGUAUAACAGCCCUGGUGGAUUUAAUAGCUAUCAAGGUGGCCCACCACACCCCCAAGGAGCCUUCGUAGGGGAGAAUAAAAACUAUGGGCACACCCAAGGUGACCACUUUGUACAAGAACCAACUAGAAGCCAGUGGCAUGGAACUACUGCACCUUCCUUCGGAGGGGAGAAUAAAAACUAUGGGCACAUCCAGGGUGAACGCUUUGGUCAAGAACCAAGUGGAAGCCAGGGGCAUGGACUUACUGCACCUUCCUUUGUAGGGGAGAAUAAAAACUAUGGGCUCACCCAAGGCGAACGUUUUGGACAAGAGCCAGCUAGAAGCCAGUGGCAGAACCACCCAAGUGAGAAGAACCAAAUAUUCUCACAACCAGAACCGGGAAGAAACUGAAGAACUUUCAAGAACUAUAAUCAAUGUGGCGCAACAUGGAAGUCAUCCAGCCUGCUGAUCCGAGGAGCCUGAAAACAAUAUCUGUUUAUUCAUCUAUAUAUAUGCUAAAAAGUCUUGAUCUCAAGAAUAAUCGGGUGUAUUGUGGUUUAUUUUGAGCUUGCUAAUGGAUGGACAUUCUCAAGUGUGACAAGCAAGAAUUUGAAUUCGGACACCCCCUCCGUGUCUCAAACCGUUUGUCAUCGACUAUAAUUAUUGACAUUAAAGAAAUUCAAUAUCAAUUGCACCUUUUUGUUUUCAAUUUUGCGUUUAGUUUUUCAUUUUUUUAAAUUCCUCUUUAGUAGGGUAGAGGGAGCAACUUGUUUCCCA